CACAUUUAAUUGUGUAAUAAUACUACAGCAAGCACAAUUGGAGCAGGCUUGCUGACCUCACAGCUGAAAGCACUAUUUAAGAUCUGGCUACCAGAUGUUCCAAUAGGAUCUAGCCAGCUGCUAGCAGAGAUUACCCUGAGUGUUUUAACAGGGAAUAUUUACAGACUAAUAGUUCGGAAGAGAUGAUUGCACUAAUUUUCUUUUCUGCCCUGCUGUGGGACAAGGCUCAAGCAUGGGGAUUCAAGGACGGAGUACUGCAUAACUCUAUUUGGUUAGAACGAGCGGCUGGAGUAUAUCACAGGGAGUCACGCUCUGGGAAGUACCAGCUCACCUAUGCAGAAGCCAAAGCAGUCUGCGAGUACGAGGGAGGACACCUCGCCACGUAUCAGCAACUGGAGGCGGCAAGAAAAAUAGGUUUCCAUGUGUGUGCUGCUGGCUGGAUGGCAAAGGGCAGAGUUGGUUAUCCCAUUGUAAAAGCUGGAGCCAACUGUGGCUUUGGAAAAACUGGUAUUGUCGAUUAUGGGAUUCGCCUCAACAGAAGCGAGAGAUGGGAUGCCUACUGCUACAACCCUAAUGGAAAAGAAUGUGGUGGAGUCUUCACAGAUUCAAAACAUGUUUUUAAGUCACCAGGCUACCCAAACGAGUAUGAAAAUGACCAAAUUUGCUACUGGCAUAUUAGAGUAAAGUAUGGACAACGGAUUCAUCUACAGUUUCUAGAGUUCGAUGUUGAAGACGACACUGCUUGUAUGGCUGAUUUCUUGGAAAUCUAUGAUAGCUACGAUGAUAUCAAUGGCUUUGUGGGCAGGUUUUGUGGAGAUGAGCUGCCAGAUGAUAUCAUCAGCACAGGCAAUGUUAUGACCUCUCAGUUUUUGACAGAUGCCUCGGUGACUGCUGGUGGUUUUCAAAUUAGAUAUAUUACUAUGGACCCGCCUUCAAAGUCAAGUGAUGGAAAGAAUACAACAUCCCAAGGAAAAACAAACUUCUUAUCUGGAAAGUUUGGUAUUAUGUGAGCAGAGUAACGAGAUACGCUCAUUAAGAAGCACGUUUUAGAGCCCAAUAUCUGUUUCUUCAGAUAGGAAGUUUUCUUCAUAUCUUUCUGACUUUUUAUUUUCUGCUUUUAUAUAAGUUCUGUUAAUAAAGUAUACUAGGAAAUAACUUAUAAAAUAAACGUACACGAAUAAUAGAAGAUUAUUUUUAGAUUACAAGUACUGUAAAAACCUGAAGAAUUCAUUGUUACUGAAGAUUUAAAAAUUAUUUUUCUAUAUAAACCUCUACUUCUCCUCAUUUCUUGCACCAUUUGAACAGACUUUUUCUGGGACAGUUACAAUUAUUUUUAAAUUCAAUAUGCUGUUCUAUCCUUAUUUUCCUUUAGAGUAAGCUUAUUUUUAAGAUAGGUAAGUUCAUCUUGUGGAUGGCCUAGCAGCCACCCAUGUAAUUGUCUGAAGCCAGAAGAUUGGGAAGCAGCAUGAGCAGCACAGAGGCAAUUAUAUUGUCGUCGUAAUUUUGUUGUGAGAUGAAUCAGAAACUACUCGAUGAAUUCUGUCAGGGUUUCCUCAUCUAGAGAAGAGAUGUUCAAGUCCUCUCACAUCUCUGAUUUCACUUAGUAAAGAAUGAAAUGGAAGACUUGGUAACGAUAACAAAACUGGUGAAAUGGAGCAUCAGAAGACAUUGCUAACCGACUACCAGCAAAUCCGUU